CUCGUCCGAGCUCAGCCAUUGGCCUUGGGGGGGCGUAGCAGGAAGACACUGUCGCUCUAGAUCUGCGGCGUAGCGGAUCCCGGGGGUGAUUCUUUCUCCGCCCCCUCCGCUGUCACCUCGCAGCUCUUCCAUCCCAUCCUCUCCCGCGGCACGGAGGGGGCUUGACCGAGCUCGGAGCUCGCCACUGACAGAUGCCUGCGUGACUUUGAUGCCGCGACCGUGGGCGGGAAGCGAGUGACACACGAGGGAAGCGCAAGGUACACACAGCUGUCAUCAUGUUUGAAAAGGAGCAUUAUAUUUUCUACUGAAAAAGAGCUUCUAGACGUGCAGACCUAAGUGGUGUGGACAGCAGAUUUUAUGAUGGAUACCACCCAAGCAGGUUGCACAGGUCAAAGAGCUUUUAAAGACAUAGCUUGCCAGUCAAGGAUUUCCAGCGUGGGCAGAGGAAUAUUAAGCAAGGAUAUACGGAAAGCAUACCCACUGCGGAGACGGCUGUCACCAGCCAUGAAUGAAAAGACAUGUACUGUUGUCCUUACCAGACUGGAGGAUGUUGCUGGGUCAUGUAUUAUGGAGGGUCAAAGUGGGGCCCAACCAAAUAUCUCUUGUUGGGUGGAUGACUUUGGCACACUGAAGGUUCAUACUGGGCAUUCUUCCAAAAUGCAAAGGGUUACUCCAAAAGGGAAGAGAUACUCUGGGGUCACGUCCAGCAUGGAUAAUAUCCGUGAUUUUCCCGAGCCCCGGAAGCGAAGACUAGCUUCUCUGAAUGCAGAAGCGGUCAAUAACUUGUUAUUUGAAAGAGAUGAUGGGUGUUCUCGUAAGAUUAGAAAGGAUUUUGGAAAAGCUAGUGAAAAUGGCAUAUCAGAUGAAGGUUGGACUAACUUAAAGCCAAACUGUCACCUGCACAGCAAAAGGAGCAGACAGAGAUGCAUGGCAUCCGGCCAGUUACCUGAUGAAGUAUUUGAAAGCGAAAUGAAGGUGGAGGAUAAAGUGGUCUCCUAUUCUCCUGCUCCAAAAAGACUAGCGAGCCUUAAUGCUGUGGCAUUCUUAAAGCUCACAAGUGAGAGAGACCAUCCUCUAAAGCAGAGGAGCAAAUCAGAUGGGGAUACUAGCCGCUCUAUCACUGGCUGUUCCAAGUCUAAGCUAAAAACCAAUAAAUCACACAAGAAAAACUGUGUCAAGUCCAAAAAGGAAUUGUUACAUAGGAAAAUGGAGGACCACCAUGGAUGGCAAGAAGGUGGUGACCAUGGUAUUUUGAAACCAGAGCAUCGCAAUUCUUCCAAGUCCUCGGGGAAAACGGAGGGUGUUCAUGUGGAACGGUCUUCCAACAACUAUGAUGGCUCAGAAUCCUUGUACCACAGACUGCCUUUAAUGGGGGGGCAAGCUUCUAUGAAGCCUGAAUAUGGGAGACCAGGUGAGAAGUCCCCCACCCCUAAACAGGACUUCCAGCAGCCCUCUUUCCCAGUGCAGCAGCUUCAUCAUUUGCCAGUUCCGGGCAGCCUCACCGAUUGCGUGUGUCUGUGCCACCCCUCCGACAUUACGUCCUCAGAUGGGACUUAUAUAUCUUAUGGCCAAAGUGGAUUACCGUACAGUGGGUACUGUGAUUUUUCCAUGUACCCCAAAGAUGAAUUGUUUCCACAACCAGUGCCCUGUGAGGAACUUUUGGUGUCACAAAGCUCCUUCCCACCCAGUGGAAUGAUUGGGCAUUUACCUUGGUGUACCUCUCGAUAUUCCUUUGGUGAAGACACUGGGACAAAUACUGAUAGUCUUUGUGGAUUAAUAAGACUGCCCAUUUCCCGGGUCACUAACACCCACAUGGAACAUAAAAGCUAUUCUUUUAAAAAGCCUUUUACUGCAGAAGGGUACAAAUCUCACGACCAGCUUAGCCUUUCAAUUCCCACGGCUGGCCAUCCUGUGUCUCCCGCCCACCCGCUUUUAGGAUGUCCCGUCCCCAGCGUCCCACCUGCUGCCGAGCCUGUCCCAAACUUGCAGACCCCCAACUCAGAACCUCAGACGAUGGCAAUGCUGAAGACUGCUAGAGAAUGCCCACAAAGCUCCAAACCUCCCAGUGGUUCCAAGUCCGGCGUCAGAAACACAUCCGGCUGCUUUCAUGCUUCCAGCAACAAAGCCAGCAAGAGCCACAGCCAUCCCAAACAGCAACGCAUCCACAGGAGGCGCUCUACCAACGGCUGGAUGCCAGUCGGCGCGGCUUGUGAGAAAGCAGUGUAUGUAGUGAACGAGCCAGAGCCGGCUCUCAGAAGGAGUUACCAGGCAGUUGAGAGGAACGGCGAAAUCAUCAGAGUUCGCGACACUGUACUACUAAAAUCUGGUCCCAGGAAGAAGUCCAUGCCCUAUGUAGCCAAAAUAUCUGCGCUGUGGGAGGAGCCUAAAACUGGAGAGCUGAUGAUGAGUCUCUUCUGGUACUACAGACCGGAGCACACUCAGGGAGGGCGCAAUCCCAGCAUGCACCAGAAGGAGAUCUUUGCCUCGCGCCAUCAAGAUGAGAACAGCAUUGCCUGCAUUGAGGAGAAGUGCUACGUCCUAACAUUUGCAGAGUACUGCAGAUUUUGUGCCUUGGUAAAGCGUCGAGGGGAGGGCUGCCCAAACAGGAAAGCCUUGAUUGUCCCUCCCUCCGCAGAAUAUUCCACCCCUUCACACCGCAGGGUGCCAGACAGCACCGACCCGGAGCUGGUCUUCCUGUGCCGGCACGUGUACGACUUCAGGCACGGCCGCAUCCUGAAGAACCCGCAAUAGCCUCUUCAGACGUUAGACAGCUUAAGACUGUUUUUUAGCAUCUUUCCCAGCCGCUGGCCCCGCGUGUGUUAGGAAGCUGGGAGCCUCUUGCAGAAGCCUUCAGGCUUUGGAUUCAGGAACAGACACUGGUUAAAGUACUCAGCAAAUGAAAGCACAGCACUUCGUUAGAGAUGAGCAUAAAUUAAGAAAAAAAAAAUAAAAACACAAAAAAAAAAAAAUAGAAAGUAUAUAACAUAUAAAUAUAUAUAUAAAUAUAUAAAUAUAUCUAUAUAUUGGGGAAAAAUAAGCCAGUACAUCAGGUCAGGAACCAUGGUUGCAAGCUUGUGUAGGGAUGUGUUAGUGCAUGGUUGGACCAAGCUCGGUUCAAAUGCCUUAAUAUGUCACACAGGUCCCUGUCAUCACGCCCAUGCAGAAGUGACAAGACUUCUGGCUUCUUCAGACAGAUCUCCAUGGCUCUACAGAUUGCUGACACCCCCCUCUGUCUGCUGGGGCCAUAAUUUCUCAUUAUUUAAAGAGGUAUUUCAUUUAUACAAAUCCCUUGCAACUGAUCAGUCAUCAGCUGGCCAGGUAAUUGGCCAUACCGUACCAGUACCUGGGCAGCUCAGUGAGAGAUCAACGCAUUUCUCACCAAGCUGCCAUUGGACCAGUGACGGAGAAUCCGUGGCAUUUCAGCAGAUUCUGGACUAAAACUCCCAUCAUGGAGCAGCAGUUUUGCGUGCCACAGGGUUGCCAUCACUUAUAUGAAAUACUACAUUCUCUCUGGCAUUCAGUUUUAGAACUGACAUAACAAUUUAUUAACUUACACUUUUUAAUUCCACCCGAUUAAUUAUUUCCUUUUAUUUUGCUACUUGGUUAUCAUUAGUUUUAGGGCUGCCUGCACUUGCCAGGCUCUCACAGUGGAAGGUGGGUUACUAUGCUCACACUACUAGUACUACAUAGAAAAGCCUGUGUAUUACAGUGUAACUGUCAGCACUCCACUGAAUGAGGAGGGUAUGGAGCUGUGGAUUACCCCUUGCUUAAUUUAAAAUGAUAAUUUGUAUUCAUUAAAACUGCAUUUCCAUCUUCCAUUUAUUUUCAGCAAUGUAGGAAGGCAUAGCUUACUUGGUGUGCACAAAAGGGUCAGGAGCUUGCUUGUCUUGGGAUUCUCUCUCUUAUUGAGUAUUGCUCAGACACAGUUGUACUGAAUUCCAUAGAACAUGCCUGCAAUAUGGCAGCUCACAACUACAGUUUUUUAUUUUUAUAAUUUGUUUGGAGGGGGUUUUGAGCUGCUAUAUGUUUGCCUUGGCAUUCUAUAUAAGUUUCACUAAAGGUGGUGUUUCUGGUGACUUUUAAUAAAAAUGCCGCUAAAGCAGUAUGGCAGCUCCUGGAAUCAGUAUGCAGAGGAAAAAUAUUAUGUGCACACAGCCUAUGCCGGCACAUUACACUGUGUACAGGAAAGUAAACUGGAGAUAAGCACUCUAUAAAUAGUUGAUUUUUUUCCUAAAGAUAUUUUUAUCUACGCCCCUAGUUUGUCUGGCGAUUUAGUGGCACAACCACAAAGUCCUCUUUCUAUGAACUGCCCGCAUUGUCGUUCCAUCCAUCAGAAGUGACCAAUAACAAGCUUGUGUUCUGAGAAAUUGCUACCUGACUGCUUAACAUAAUUGCCAUUUGCCUUAUGUGUACAAAGUCUAUACAUAUAUGUUUAUCAGAAGACAGACUUAUCCAGAUGGAUUUUAGAAAGGGGUUGGGAGGGGGGAGUGGAGGGAAUAAUUCAACCAUAAAAUAAACAACCAAAGGAUGGAAAAACUGGUAGAUAGACUCUGUAGCUUGCACUAAUUCCGCUAAAUUCUCACACUGUAUAAGUACUCGUGACUGAUGUAAAUCACUAAGUUAAGGUAGGACUCUGCAUUUUCAAGUUUCAGAAUAACCCCCCUCCCCCUACAGCUUCAGAAUAUUUCAAUCAAUCACAACAAAAAGAAUUCAUCUAUAGGCAGAAAAGGGAAUCCAGGCAUCCUGUUUCAUUGAUAUUACCAAAGAGGUACUUGUAAAGUUGCAGUUCUGCUUUGUUCCACUAGUGGGUGAUAUUGAUGUUCUAGAGUGCUGAUGGUUCCCUAUUAUUGUUUUAUUAUUGUCCAUUUUUUAUACAAGGCAGCCUGUUACAGUUUGUUCAUUAUUCAUAUCAGUCCUUGCUCCAGUGGAGCUUACAAAUCUAUAUUCCCUAUCAUAGUCACAUAACACACUGGGGCAUUUUCAGCAGGAGCCUGCCUGAAGGUUUUUGGAGUGUUUUAGGAAAGCCAUGUAAACAUGGGGAGAACAUACAAACUCCUUGCAGGUAGUGCCCAGGUGGAAUCAAACUCAUAACCCCAGUGCUGCAAGGCUACUUAUUACUAUGCUGUGCUGCCAUCUUUGGUUUAAUAUAUUAUAGUGUUAUGGAUUUGAGUUGCAAAGAUUAUUGGGCCAAUUCCAUUACGUAAUAAUGGCUCUGCGUAGCCUCCAAUUAAAGGACAAGUUUAGUUAUCAUUACCAAUGUGCCAAUUAGCAAUAUAAUUCCUAAUCUUAGAGCCCAGACAUGGCACUUCUGUCUGCUGAAAAGUGCACCGGUCCAGGGUACUAUUCCCACCAGGCUGCAAUCUAUUCCCAAUACCCUACAGAUCCUCUGAGCAGCCCCGGGUAGUGUGCACGUACUGAGCUUUAAAGUUGCGAUACCCUACUGCAUAUGUACGGUGUCCAGGGCACCAAAGAGGAUCAGUGGGGCAGCUGCACAACAAGAAUAGUACCCAUGAUCCCCACAGCUGCAGUAAAGCCAAUACAAUAAAAGAAAUCCCAACCUACCAUAAAUUAUUUUCUCUGUAGUUGAUCAUAAAGGCAUGUACUGAACAUCAUGUAGAACAUAUGAUAAAGGUUUCUAAUUGCCCCAGUACGAAUACUUUUUUUUUUUUUUUUUUUACGAUCAUGGCUGUAAAUUUGCACUAGUGCGGUAGCCCAUAGCAACCAGGAAUUAGCUUACAUUAUUGUAACUGCACUAGACUAAUGGAAGCAAAUUGCUGGUUGUUGCCCUGAGCGAAUGUACUAGUGCAAUGCAAGUAAACCGGCACAACAAAGUCUUGACCGAUGGUCAUGGGAAAGGUUGAAAUGGUGGUGUGUAUGGCCACCUUUAAGCUGCUGAUUUGGCCCCUCUGAUAUCUGGCUGAAAAUCAGCCAGAUGUAUAAUCAGGCUUGUUUGAUUUUACCAUUGGAUCGAGGACAGCAUUGACUCGUUGCCCUAACAGCCUGGGUCUCCAUAGUUGUGAUCGAAAUUUUUUAUCCAGUAAGCCCAAUGCCCACCCACCUUAGGUGGCCAUGUCAGGGAAAGAUCAGUUUGUUUGGCGACCAAACAAGCUUAUAACAUAUGGCCAGCCUUAAACUCUAAUCCCUCAACACAGCAUUUGUUGACCACAGAUUAAAUUCUGCCCCAUGAAUGAUAACGAUCUAACACUGCAUGUGAGCCUAGGGUUCCUGCCAGCGCAUACAGAGUCAUUGGGGUGGGCUUGCAGCUACAGACAGGGGUAAUAAACCAAAAAAUAAAUAAAUACAUUUCAGGCAGGAAAAGUGCAAAUAAGACAUUAGGAAAUGUUAAAUGUUGCCAGUAACCUUAAGAUGAAUUAGCUCUUGGUGUGUGGCCCUCAGCUCUGCAGCUAAUGCUUGUUGCGCUGAUCCAUAGAACCUAAUGAAAUUAAAGAGAGGCAGAGUAUUAAAUAUUGUGAGUUGUGAUGGAUUCCAAAAGCUCUGCUAUAUUAAGUAUGGAAUUAAAUACUUCAGUGCUAGCUGUGCUGUAGGUUUUUCUAGUUAGGAAUCGUGUUCUCCUAGUCUGUGUGUUCCGGCUAAUGAUGUCCAUUAAAGAAACAUCACCUUCUGCAGCUCAUUGCUCUGAGCCAUGUGUGACAGUUGUUGCGAGGCAUUGGGGUAGGCACUGCAGCCUUGUGCUGCCAUAUUUGCUGGCAAAAUGAUGAAUUUUUAGUCAAUGCCUUUAGAGGUAUAAGUUGUUUUUGCCCCCACAUUUAGGCUGUAAACCUGGGAUUGGCCAACUUGUACAUCUCAUCUCCCAAAAACUUUGUGGCCGUUCAACAGCCUCAGGUGUAGGGCAAAACCUUUAUUCAUAAUGGAAGUCUGGGCUUCACUACAAAGCCCCAUAUGCAGUUACCGCUUCUAUGCUAGAAACUGACAGUUGCAAAGACUACAGUUAAUUCCUCAAUAGAUAAUACCAUUUGCCCUUGGAAGGAAAGCACGUGUACCCUGCGGAAUGCGCACAUUUUUUUAAAUCUACGCCCGUAGAUCUCCGCCGCGGUCCUUGGGUUCUCUGGCUGUAGCCUAGUGCAGCAUGUCGUGGGUUGUUCUUGUUUCAUGAAAGUAUUUGCAGAUUCUUUUCCUACCCUGGUAGAUAGCGAUAUUUUUUUGAAACUGAAAAUGCAGUUCGUAGAAUUUUAAACUGAAAAAAAGUGUAAAACUCAAUACAUGUUAAAUCUAUUUUAGUUGAUUUUGUAAAAUGCACUUUUGUGUCUUAUUUUUAUUUUUCAUUUUCCCCUUGGUCUCCCAGAUCUGUAUUUCAAUGUUUACAGAUGGAAUGGAAAAAAAACAUUCCCUAUAAUCUUCUGUGAAAAAAAUAUAUUAGAAGUAAUUCUUUAAAAGAAAAAAAAAGACAAUAAAUUUGAAGAAUUGUAUUGAUUUAGAAAAA